AUGAAAGCUCCUCCCUCCGAGAUUAUCGCUUCGUGGCCGGAACCGAAUUAUGUCAACCCUGAUUAUCAAGGGCCUCAACUGCUGAUUGUUGGUGUGAUUCUUCUGGUCGUCAGCUGUACUGUUGUCGGCCUGCGACUCUGGGUUCGACUACAUAUGAAGAAUUCCGCUAGCUGGGAUGACUGGAUUAUGCUUUCCGUCAUUCCAUUCAUGGUCUGCUCUACCGCGGUUGCGAUCCUGGGGACGAGAUAUGGAUGGGGGUAUCAUAUAUGGGAUAGUAAACCAGGAUGGCGCAAACCUGCCUUGAUGACCUCCUAUUUCAGCCAAAUCUGCCUCACGAUUAUCAUGACGCUCGUCAAACUUUCUCUUCUUGCUUCCUACCUCCGAUUCCUAACCCUCCCCUUGUAUCGACAUCUCAAUUGGGGCAUGAUCACACUCGUAACUUGCUGGGGCAUCGCCUUUUUAGUAGCAUCGCUCACAGCCUGCCGCCCACUCCGCGCGUACUGGGACACCGGGCUCGCCCUACAGGCCCAGUGCAUCGACGACCAGGCGCGUACCCUUGCAUUCACGAUAUCCAACCUUGUUACCGACGUCAUGAUCUUGAUCCUCCCCAUACCCACCUUUUGGAGACUCAAGUUGCCGAUCCGCGAAAGACUAGCCCUCACUGGCCUUAUGAGUCUGGGAUUGCUGGCGUGCGCUGCUUCGGCCGUUCGCUUAUACUACGCUCACCGAAUAUACCACGUAACCUACGAUUCAUCGUGGGAAGGAUACAACCUCUCCCUCUGGAUCCUCGUCGAAACCAACCUCGCCGUAAUCUGCGCCUCCAUCCCCACGCUGCGCCCGCUGGUGCGCGGCUACUUCUCCGAAUCACGGCUCAACAGUCGCAGCUGCGGAAAUAGCUCGUCGUCGACGCAUAGGCAUUUGGCUCAGGGCGUUUCUCUUUCUGCCUCUACUCACCCUCCGCCGUCGCCUGGGUCUCCAAGGAUAUACAAGCAGACGACGAUUAAGCAGACAUUUUAUAUGACGGAGUCGACUGAGGCCCUGAAUGAUGAGGCGUAUCAGGUCGAGAUGAGUUCUCUUGGGAAGAUUUAG